AUGGGCAUUUUGGCAGUCGUCGAAGAGCGGCCGACACCGCCGUCAGUCUACAACUGGCGCAUAUAUGUACUGGCGUGCAUUGCAUCUUGCGGAUCUUGCAUGAUCGGCUACACGAGUGCAUUCAUCGGAACAACCGUCGCACUCGACUCUUUCAGAAGAGAAUUCGGUAUUGACAAAUUGUCAACUUCGGAAAGAAACCUGAUUAGCGAAAACAUCGUUUCUCUUUUCGUGGCUGGCGCGUUUUUUGGCGCCCUGCUUACCUAUUGCCUCAGCUACUCCAUAGGUCGCAAAUGGUGCUUGGCGAUCGGUGCCACCACCUUCUCAUUGGGAGCGGGCCUAACAUGCGGCGCCAACGGUAGAUUGGGGCUUGGAAUUCUUUAUGCUGGACGUGUUUUUUCGGGCUUGGGAACCGGAGUUGCAUCUAACAUUAUUCCUAUCUAUAUCUCAGAACUAGCACCACCAGCUAUUCGUGGUCGUCUCGUUGGUUUAUAUGAACUCGGUUGGCAGAUAGGGGGUAUGGUCGGCUUCUGGAUCAACUAUGGAGUUGAAGCGCAUAUACCCUCAGGUCACACGCAAUGGAUCAUACCCUUUGCCGUCCAGUUGAUCCCCUCUGGCCUCCUCCUGCUAGGUUCGAUGUGGAUUCGGGAGUCACCCCGGUGGCUUUUCCUCAAGGAUUACCGCAAAGAAGCGAUGGAAAAUCUGUGCUGGAUUCGUCAAUUGGAGCCCAACGACAUCUAUAUCCAAGAAGAGAUCGCCGCCAUCGACAAGAUCUAUGAGAUGCAAAAGGCUACAGUUGGAACCGGAUUUUGGCAGCCUUUCCAAGCUCUGGCUGCUCGCCCGAAACUGCAGUGGCGGUUGUUCUUGGGCUGUAUGCUGUUCUUCUGGCAGAACGGUAGUGGCAUCAACGCUAUUAACUACUAUAGUCCAACUAUAUUCUCGAGUAUCGGCAUCGACUCCAACACAGUAAACCUGAUGACUGGAAUUUUUGGUGUCGUCAAGGCCAUCAUGACUUUUGUGUGGCUGCUCUUCCUUGUAGAUCAACUUGGAAGACGGAAGCUUUUGCUCAUCGGUGCAGUCACUGGUUCCAUCUGCAUGUGGGUUAUCGGUGCAUAUGUCUGCAUAGUAGACCCGACGAAAAAUCCCCAGGAUCACCUGACGGGUAGUGGUUACGCAGCCAUUGUCUUCUUUUAUCUUUGGACAGCAGUCUACACACCGACGUGGAACGGCACUCCUUGGGUCAUCAACUCUGAAUUCUUUGACCCAAACUUCCGCUCUCUCGCCGGUGGCGCGACAACAGCUAGCAACUGGCUGUUCAACUUUCUCGUUUCACGGUUCACGGAGCAGAUGUUCGAAGCCAUGGGAUACGGUGUCUAUUUCUUUUUUGCAUCACUUUCGUUCCUGGCUUUCUUCUUCGCUUUCUUCCUCAUCCCCGAGACCAGUGGUGUUCCACUUGAAAAGGUCGAUAGACUUUUCGAGAUCAAGCCAGUUUGGAGGGCCAAUGAAACAUUGAUGGCCCAGCUCAGAGAAGAAGAAGUGCAAUUCCGUACCGAUGCCAAAGGCGAAGCCACUCACAAAGAGUACCCUAACGGCGUCAAGCCGGAGACGGAGACGGAAUCGAGUUAA